AUGGUGGAUGCUACUUCUAGAGGAGCAUUAAUAGACAAAACAUCUGAGGAAGCUAGAAACUUGAUUGCUAAUAUGGUUGCUAAUUCACAACAGUAUGCCAUGUUUAAUGGCAGGAGUGGAAAGGAAUUAGAAGAUGCUUCUAUGCGCAAAAAAGGAGUUGAAAAGCACACUAAGGGUCAGAAUGAUGAUGAGGCUGAAUUGGUGGUGGCCAACCCAACCAUGGCUAAAAGCACCACACCCCCCUCCAAAGAUACUAUCAAAUCAAUUCCUAAGUAUGCAAAAUUCUUGAAGAACAUGUGCACUAAUAAAAGAAAGUUAACGGGUAAAGAACAAGCUAAUAAGGGAGAAUAUGUUUCUUUGGCAAUUAAAAAGAAGCUCCCACCAAAGCUAAAGGAUCCAGAUAUGUUUACCAUUCCUAUUCAAAUUGGAAAUACUAGGAUUGAAAGAGCUAUGCUAGAUUUAGGUGCAUCCAUUGAUGUCAUGCCAAGAUCUAUUUAUGCAUCAUUGAAUCUAGGACCUCUUAAUGAAACUAGCAAUGUCAUUCAAUUAGUUGAUAGAUCCAAUACUUACCUUAAUGGUGUAAUUGAGGAUGUGUUAGUGUGUGUGGAUAACUUGGUUUUUCCUGUUAACUUUUAUCUGCUUGAUAUGGAAAAGAGUGAAACACCUCUUAUUUUGUUAGGAAGACCAUUUCUGAAAACAGCAAGGGCUAAGAUUAACAUAUUUGAUGGUAGUGUUUCUUUGGAAUUUGAUGGCAAAAUUUGCAAAUUCAAUAUUUAUGAUGCCAUGAAAUAUCUAAGUGAUGAUAAUUCAGUAUGCCAUCUAGAUGUUGUUGAUUCUUGUGUUCAUGAUGUUAUUGAUUUUGCUACUAAUGAUCAUUUGAAUUUAGCACUUAUGCAUGGCAUUUAUCCUAAGAAUGCAAAAAUCUUGAAUGAUAUUUUUAUGAUGAAUGCCGAAAUGAAGGAGACACUUGAGGACUUAGUCCCUGCACCAUAG